UAUAAAAUUUAUCCACUGUUUUGAGUUUUGUUUCCUCUCUCUCUAUAUUUCAUUUCGGGUGAAAAGCUUUUUUUUUAAAUAGUAAUUUAACUGAAUUUCCAUCACUGUCCCGGGAAAUAAAAUAUUGGUCCUUUGUCUCUUAACCCUGAUAUGAAUUCUCAAGUUUCAUGGUUUUCUAUUUUUCUUUUUGAAAAUUGAAUUGGAUUUUCAUUGGCUUUUUUUCUGGUGUCAAAAUACAAAGGCGUUGACUAUCUUGCUUGGAUUUAGCUUGAAAGAUUCCACUUUCUACCCAUUCAAAGUUCAAACCCAGAUAAAAAUUUUGAAUUUGGGGAUUAGGUUUUGUUAAUUCACUAGUUUUUUCUUUCUGGGUCUCUGGGAUUUUUGGAAAAUCACAAUCUAAUACAGGGAUCUCCUUAUUUGUUUCAAUGUUUUUCUUUGAACUUUGAGAGUUAAAAGGUUUAUGAAAGUCUUGUUCUUUUCACCUAGUUGCCUUAAUGGGGUUUAUGAUUUAUGAUAAAAAGAUCCUCUUUUUUAUCCCAAUUAUCAAAUUUUAAGGCUGUUUUGUUGUAAGUUUAUUGAGUUAUAGAUUUGAGUGGAAUUGUGUUGUGUGGGGAGGUGUAAUUGUCAAUGGAUGCGGUCCAUAAUGAUGUUAAGGAUGUUAAUGGACAUAAAAACAAGACUCUAGGUACCAUAGAUUCUCCAAAAGUUGAAGAUCAUGCUGAUGGAGAAGAUUACUGUGAGUCAAAUUCUUUGUUGCCACCUAAGAAAGGUGGGAUGUCAAGAAAACCUGAGAAGACACGGCGAAAAGUCCAAUGGAAUGAUAAAAAUGGGAAUAAACUCGCAGAGAUACUGGAAUUUGAACCAAGUGAUGUUAGCGAUUCUGAUGAUGAGGAUUCAGAUUCCUGCAUAUGUAUCAUAAUGUAGGUACAAUACAGGAAACCAUCAGGAAUUAACCGCUGGAAAAUUAAAUUUGGGUUUCAAUUUCAACCUUGAUUUUUUGACAAGAUAGCCCUGGAUUGAACUUGCUGUUGGAAGGAUAGAUUAAAGUUCCAGGUGCUGAGUGAUGCAGUCUCUCAUAUAUUUGCAGUUUAUCAAACUGGAGUUCUUUACCAUUUACAAGGUGGUUUGUCAUGUGUUUCACCAUGAACAUGUAAGAAUUGCAUGGACCUUAUCUCAGAGAUGAAAGCAGAUAGAUAAUGAUGAUGGUUGUCUUUCUUGCAUGAUGUCUCUUUAUUAACCAUCCUUUUUUUUUUUUUUUGCUUUUCCCUGUAUGUGAUAUUUACAAGUUGAUCACGUAAAAUGGAAUAGUCAAUAUGUAAAUCUUAUUUGCAUCUUUUUUUUUCCCUGCAUUACUUUCUUCUGAAUCUUAAUAAUCUCUAUCACAAAAUUCUUGUUGCUAGUUGCUAGAGGCAGAAGAAAAUUAUUUCCACAAUAACCAUCUGCUAAUAAGUUAUGAGUCAGAUUCAUGAUGAGAAAUGCGAUUUUGGUAUACAGAGUAUGGUAUUGGCCUUUGUAAUUGUGUUACUGUUUGAUUGGUUAGAACUGCAAAUGAGUCCAAGAUAUGGUGUAAUUAAGUUACAUAAAUUUGAGCACCUAAAACUUCUGAACUGAUCCCACCAUAUCUUUUACUUGUGAGACAAUCAUUCAGUACUGCAGAAUGUGUAAUCUAUGCAUAUUCUGGUUGUCUUUGUUUAGAACAUAUGCUUCCAUUGAUCCCAUUAUUAGGCAAACUUUAUCACAAUAUGCUGCAU